AUGUUGAGCGGUAAUUUUCCCGAGGAUCUGGUAAGGGAAAUCAUGGUGAGGCUGCCUGUGAAAUCGCUGCUUAGAUUCAAAUGCGUAGCGAAAUCUUGGUACGCUCAAAUCACCGACCCACAUUUUAUCUCCAAACACUUUGAAUGGUCUGUUUCUAUCUCUAGUAAUUUCCGCAACCAACUUAUCUUUCGAAGGCACGGUCUCACUCUGAAGCCUUGCCUCUCCUUGAUUUCCAAAGAUCAGGAACCUAAAUAUUGUGUGCCUCAUGACAUAGAAUUGCCUUUCGCCGACAAGGAUUUGAGAUGGAUCACAGUUUAUGGCCAAUGUAAUGGCAUUUUCUGUCUCCAAGGUGUGUUUAGAGGAGAUAAUCUUGACGGCACUUUUACUUAUUUUGAUGGUCGUAGGCAUAUCAUAAUUCUAUGGAACCCAGCAACAAAAGACACGAAGCUUCUUCGUCUGCCUCAAAUAUUGGAUCCCAUAGACAUGGCUCGUGCAAUGUAUGGGUUCGGAAUUGAUCUUAUUACCAAAGAUUACAAGAUUGUUCGAUUCUCAAGUUCGGUUUUGAAGGAAGAGAAAAACUUCCAGUUCAGGUAUAUAAUCUUAGUACUGAUUCAUGGAAAACAAUAG